GUAGGGAUAAAUUGUUGCACGCCAAACCCGGAAGUAAUACCACGCCUCGUCGCUGCUUCGAUUUAGUGUGAUUAUUACUUCUUCUAAUUAGUACAAAUUACCCGUUGACUAUGGCUGAACAACCAGAUGUAGAGAUCCCAGUAGAGGAUUCAAAUGAUGAUGAACUUGAAACACCAGGCUACAAACCACCAGCUAAAAAGACAUUAGAAGAGAUUCAACAACAGGAUGCUGAUGAUGAAAGUCUUGUUCGCUACAAAAAGACACUUCUUGGUCAAGUGGAAAAGUUGAAAGAUGAUGGUGGCCCAAAUGUGAUUGUCCAGAAACUUAAUAUCAAUAUGUCGGGUGGACCAGCGAUGGAGUUGGACCUAACUGGGGAGUUGAGCCAGUUGAAGAAAAAACCUUUCAUAUUCAAGGAGAAGGCACCUUAUAAAGUGCAAAUCACGUUUAGGGUUCAACGAGAAAUAGUAGCCGGUUUAAGGUACUCACAGAAAACAUACAGAAAAGGAAUUAAAGUUGAUUCAGCUGCUUGUAUGGUAGGGAGCUAUGGUCCUAAGGUUGAGUCGUAUGAAUAUCUCACUCCAGAAGAAGAGACCCCAUCUGGUUUGGUGGCAAGGGGCCAUUACAACGUGAAAAGCCAGUUCUUGGACGAUGACAAGAAUGUUAUUCUGGAAUGGGAGUGGGCGUUUGAAAUCAAGAAAGACUUUGCCUGAUCCUGAUAAACAUUAUAAAAAAAGAUUAGGCGUAAUAUAGGAUAUGCUUAAGACCAGGCUUGUAAAUUUUUGUGGGUUUUCGAGGAUCAGGAAGGAGUGGACUAUGUUCUGUAAGAAAGUCUUUCGCAAGUCAUGAGCUUCAAAGUUUGUAUGAUUGACUCAUUUGCCAGGCUUUUUGUAUGACGGGUUGUCAGUGUUGCUCGUGUUCUUACAAUUUGGGUUUCUUGCUCAACAUAUAUUCUGCCCGCAGUCCCCACAAUUGAGAGAAAAACUCAGACUUGGCAUUACCACAAGUUCCUUUUCAAUGCAAGACCUUACAUUUGACCUGGAAUAAUUUCAUAAUCAUUCACAUUAUCAUUUGGGUCCUUUUCCAAAGCCCUGACAGAAUCCAAAAUGACUGAAUGAAUAUUGUCUACCAUAUUCAUAUGAUGAGAGCUGUCAAAUGCUUCAGUUGUUUAAUCCAAAAACCUCAUAUGGGAAUCAAAUAUUAUUUUCUCAUGUACUUGAACUGCAUAUGUUUAGAGUUUCAAGUAUGUGUUCACAUACCCAGGAAUAUUGUUUAUUUAUAUAUUUUUAGUUAAGAAUCGAAUGUUCAUGGCUUGCCUAAUCUCAAUUGAUGAAAUGCCAAUGAGACCUCCUGCUCAGUUGUGGGAUACUUCAAUACCAGUGAUCAGAUCACAUGAUUGUACUAUAGAUUUUUCAAGCAAGUUUUUCGAACACUUGGGAAUCUUAGCUAUUUGUGGAACAAGAUUUUAAUAUCAAAAUUGUGGGUUGUUUUGGUAUGACAAUGAAAUGUGCAUGUAUCGAAGUGUGCUAUUAUAAUUUUGAGGAAAAUUCUGUGCUUUUGUCACCAUCUAUUGAUUCCAUGUCAAGAUCUAAACAUGUAUGUAAUUCAGGUUGACAGAAUUAGUAGAUUUGCUCAUUUCCGCACUGGUGGUCCUCUUUCAUUGUCCAUGUUAAUUGAUAUUGUGUAACAUUUUACAGAGACCUUUACAUGUAUUAAACAUUGCGUGAACGUAUAUUGUGCACUGUCUACUUUGCAAAAAAACAAAACCUGUUUAUUGCUUUUCAUCAGUCUUAUAGUCUUAUACUGUGGUUAUCAUGAUAAGAACUAGGGUCUCAAUCUCAGGCAACAGAGAUGUGUAGACGUCACACUGUGUUUGUGUUUGUAAUGGCUUGCACAUGUAGAUGAAGUGUGUACAAUUUUUUGAUGCAUUGGUUGGUAGAACUUUUGUAAUCUGGCAAGGGUCAUUGGGCAUUACAACCCAAUCCUGUAUUUGUAUGCAAUUUUCCUGAAAGAUAACUUGAAUGAGCUCAGUUCAAUCCAGGCUGACAGUCAUAAGUUUUAGUAAGAAUUGAUUGGGUUUUCUGAAAAGGUUAUGGCCAUUCCUGAUGGUGGAUCAAAUUCAAGAGACUGUAAAUACAGAGAUUGUCAUUGGUACACUUAAACCAACGGCUACACACUUGAUAAUGCACAUAUCAGCUUUAUUACUUCAUGACAGGUUUCAAAUCAACACUUAACUUAUCAUCAGGUGCGUAUCUAACACGAUUGCAAUUGCGGAAAAACUUGUACCGGUAUAGACCUGUGUGGUGCUGCUAUCUGUUGGCUCAACUGAGUAGUUCUCAGACAUUGCCAUUCAGGUAAUUAUGUCCUUGACAUAAUAUCAGGCUGAUAAGUGUCCUGAAGUAGGUCACUUCCUGCUGUUAACCUCAUAUGUCUGUGAUUGUCAGCUUGGAUUGAAACUGAAUGUGAUCAAUAACAUGACCAUCGGUUGCCAGCGAAUCCUUUUCAAUGUAUAAUCUUGGAGAUGGCAAUUUGUAUAAAUUUGCAAUGUUUGUUGUAAAUUCUGUUCUUGUAUUCAUAUCUUGUGUUGUACUUCAUGUACCUACAUCUACACACUUUCUCAUAACUAUGGCAAUAUGUUCUCCUGCAUCUUUGAACCCUUGACAUUUUUCUGAGAUACAAGUGAAACGACAUCACAUUUCAAGUUUCUUACCUUCUUUUUGUAUGGUUUACAAUGAUUUUACAAAGUUAUGUGAUACCACUUUCCAUCAAUAAGGUGCAUAGUUAUGUGUUUGAAUCCUAGAGGAAUUGGCUAGUCUGUACAUGUGCAUAUAUUUGGCAUCAGGAAAUAGCGAAACCUUAUAAAAUUGUCCCUUUCCUGUUAGAUAAAGGCCAGGUUGUCAGUAUAUAGAAAUAUUAAAUAAUUUUAAAUCCUGUAACAUACAUGUACAUUGUAUCCCUCAGCAAGUGGAUUAUAUAUGCUUUCAUUGUGUGCUUCGCGCACUACGGCUGAAAAUGGCAAGUUAUAUUGUGUUUCUAGUAAAAUCCUGGACUCCUGAAAGUUAGCGAGGUGUGUUCAUCUCAACACCAAUGGCGAGUCCUGCUCCCUAGUGCAGAGGUUGCCCCUAGGAAAACAAUGUGAAGAACUGCCCUUGAAUCCAAGGACCUCCUAUUGUGCUGCCAGAUUUUACUAGAAGUACCUCAUAAAGCUGCCAUGUGUGCCAUGUGUGCCAUGUUAUCACUGUUGCUUCCUUUGUGUGCCAAAAGAUCAAUGUUGAAAUCUCUUGAAUGAAAAUCUGUGUAAAUUCUCCAGUAGAUCCAGAUCCAGUGAUCCCAAUAGGGUGUUUCCACUCCAUUACUCUUCUGUAAUCAGGACACCUCUCUAUUCAGAACAACAUUCGUCGUUCAAAGGGUACAGAGAUGUUACUGUAUAUCCCAUAUCUCACUAAUUUUAUUAGGAAAAUGAGAAUACAUUGUUUAGCAGUCAAUUGUCCGUAAAUGGUAUCUUUUGGUGAAAGAACUACAAAUGUUCCUGUGGUCCAGUGUACAUCAUGUCUAUAUUAAACUAUUAUACAACUUGCAGGCCUGAAAAUAACAUUUGGUAUCAUAUGCGGCACCACAAUCAAGAGCUUUGCACAUGACAUGAAUUCUAUUUCCAGGUUUGCUGAAUGGUGAUUUUACUCUGCAGUGGUGUAGUGCUGUGCACGACUGAAGUUAAGACCAGCCAAAUUCCAGCCCUGCUGUCAUUGCACUGUUAUUGAAAUAUAAUGAGUUGCUCAUUGCACAUUGAAGUGA